AUGUUAUACUCUGUUGAACAGUGGUGUUUAUCUUUACCAAAAUCUAAAAAAAAAUCAAAGAUUGUCAUACCAAUAAUGAAAGUUUUAUUAAGAUUAUUUUUACAUAAUGCUGGUCCGCUUCACUCGCUCAAACUUUCUUCACUUGGAGAAAGUUACAAUGAUGAAAAAUUCAUGAUAUUGGCAGAACCACCAAUCGUACCUUUAAUCUCCAGCGUGAAAAAUCUUUCUUUGGAUGGUUUCGAUCAUAAUCAAAAUGGUUUAUUAACCAGGCUUCCUGAUUUAUGUCAAAAUUUGGAAUGCUUAUCGUUAAGAGGAUGGUACAGCAAUAAACCUUAUGAUGAUGUACCGGAUGAUUCAGCCGCGAUAUCACUAGAAAGAAUAAUAAAAGCACAAAAAUACUUGAUAUCUUUAGAUUUGUUUGAUUGUAAAACUUAUCUUGAUUAUAUAAUAUCAGCUUUGGUAUCCCAAUCGGUUUCGUUACGUAAUGUGUACUUUAGAUUUGUUGAUUUUGAUGAUUGUGGUCCUUGGGAUGGUUUGGCGAGUUGUAUGAAUUUAAAAAACUUGGAGUUUUGGUUUUGUGAAGGCAUCACUGAUAAAAUGAUAAAGCCUUUAUUAAGCUCUGAUCUUUCGGAUUUAGAACAGUAA